CAUAAAACAGAAAGAGAAAGUACGCACCCUCUCCGCGACGAUUACUUUUUGCAGUGAAUGGCGUGCUGGAGACAGUAGUAGCAGAGAAUCCAGUAAUGGGUACCGACAAGCCAAACCGGGUCGGGUUGGUUAUAUCCACCACACCCUCGAUUCGGGUUUUCCUCUCUGGUGCGUCGAAAGACGCGACUCUUUCCGAUGACCUUCGACAAGCAUCCUCCGACCUGCUCCUCCAAUCGGAGUUGCCCUACGCCCCACUUCGCGCUGUGUGGAUGGCCUCUGAUCCAUCCACCAGACCCGACUUGACCCGACUCUUUUCGGGCACCCGUCUCAUCUUCUCCAGCCCUAAGCCCAGAGAGAAGAGUGAAGAAUUGAAAGCGAGGCUGAGAAAGCUGGAAGAUUUAGCGGAGCGGAAAGCGUAUCAGGAACUUGUGAAGGAUAUUGCACCGCCUAAGGAUGUUCCGGAACCAUUUUCUUCUUACAAGGAUCAAUUAGGGUUUGGUUUACAUGUUGUGGUUACCAUGUUUACUGGCUAUCUCCUUGGAUAUGCUGCAUUUAGAGCCUUGUUUAAUCACAGUCCUGCCAUGAAUGCUGCUGGAGGAAUUCUGGGGUUGGUUGGUGCCAUGCUUGUUGAAACUUUCCUUUUCAUUAUUAGAAGUUCAAAUGCAGAUACCAACAAAACAAAAAAAUUCAGUCAAAAAUCAAGAUCGUCCUUUUCAACACCCAGUUCUACUAAGAAAAAUCAGUAGAAGUGAUCAGGGAUUUUUUCUUUUCUCAUCUACUUUGAUUGGAAUAUAAUUAGGAAGGAGGUACAGAGAUGGAGAUCCAACCUAAGACCUUUUGCAUAUUGUAUAUCUCAUAACAGAUAUUACUAUGUAUUAUUAUAUACUUUUUUGGGAACCCUAACUUUAUGAAAUUAGUAUUUAACCAUGUAAAUAAUUUAAAUUAAUUAUAAAAUGCUUACAUGUAAGAUUCCCAAUACAAUGAGGAAUAUAAAUUAAAUAUUGAGUAUAGUAAA